UAGAAUUAGCAAAGAUUAUAUAUCGUUGUCAUACUAAUUAUUCGAAAAAUGGCAAGUUUCAAGAUCUGGGUUUGCCUUACCUUGCUUCUACUCCGAUUCUCGGUGCACCAAUGCCGCCGUUUGCUCGUGGAAGAUUGUCAUUCGGGUUCGGCCCGUUUGAGAAGGGAACUUAUUGAAAGAUCGGUAAAGCUGGAGGCUAUUUCCAAAGGCGAAGAAAACGUUCUACCCGAUAACUUCGACUUGAAGAGGCUUAGCCCCGGUGGACCGGACCCGAGGCAUCACUGAAAAUAUAUAUACGCCAAAUAUAAAAAAACUCAUGCGUGGCUUUAAAUGGUCAGAUUGAGACUUCAACAGUUUGUAUACAGAAAUUUGGUAAGAGAUGGCUGGCUUUCCACAUGGAAGUUUUUUUUUUUUACUUGGGUGUAAUUCUAUGGUUUUACCAUCGUUCUAACAUGUACCGUGCUUUAUUGCUUCGUGUUAUUGUAACACACAUGCUGUUCUUGG